GAAUUAAUAGCUAUGUCGUUUUUAUUUUUCAAGGUAUUUUAACAUUUUAGCUAAAUUCUACAAUGUUAUCCUCCAAAAAUACGAUUAUAUAAACAGCAUUUUAGAAAUAAAAAUAUUCCUGCAUUUCCUUUUAUAUUAACCAUUCGGUUCAUGACUGUGAAGAUUCUAAACUAAUCUUACUUAUAAAACAUACUUAAAUUAUACUACAAACUAAACUAUACAAUUUAAUAUUUAGGAAAGUUCAUGGGUUGCAUCUACAAAAUAAAUAUAAAGAUGAAUAUAGGAGAAUGAUCGAUUUAAGAUCCGAGUUUCAUAUUACAAUAAUCUGAAAGAAGUCUAUUCAUAACUUUUAUACAAGCUGUAUAAGUUUCCCAUCUUUUUCUGUUUUUUUUGUUUCAUAAAAAUAUCAUUCUUGUGUGUUUUAAUGUAACUUUACAACUUCUGUAUCUACAUAUAUAAAUUUAUGAAAUGUAUUUUAUAUAUUAAAGUAUGAUUAUUUUUAUUAUUAAAAUGUGUAAAAACUCAAAACUACCUUCUUCCUGAAAAACAUAGAGAAACAUAUGCACUAUAAGAAUUCACUUGUGAAAACUCAAGACUUGUCUUGGAACAUUUCCAUCUCUAUAUUGACUUGUGCAUUUACUAUCUAAAUCAUAAAAAGCAUAGUUAGUAGAAAAAAUAUUUGAUUUCGUUAUAUGUGUGUUUAAUGACUAAAUUGUUUCUAAAUGAUGUUUUUCUCUAUUAAAAAAAUCACCACCCAAACAAGCCAAUAUAGUUAGCCCGUUUAAAUUGUUAAUUUCAACACAAUUCUACUCACAAGCUUAUUAUAAAAACUAAUUAUCAUGUUAUCUCUCCUAAAAAAUUAAUUUUUUUUGGCUUAAUAAAAAGCUGUUUCGUGUCUAACCAUAUAGAAAUCCAAAAUACCAUCAAGACUCUAGAAAUUGGAAAAUUGCAUUCCCAUGGUUUCAAGAGGGAGAGAGAGAGAGAGUGUAUGUGUGUGUGAGAGAGAGAGAGCGAGAUAUAGAGAGAUAGAUAUUUGUCCUAGACGGGAGAUUAUUUGAAAACAAUAGUAUUGAAGCAUAACAAAAACGGUAAGACUAUAAACUUGUGUGAUCAGUUUUGUCAUGACUUAAGAAGCCCACUAGUUAUUUGUUUUUAAUGUUGUUUUUCUCAUCGGUUUCAGCUUUGUUUUACUUUUGAAAACAGCUAAAUAAAUUUAGUAUAAAAGUCAAAAGAUGUUUCUUAAGCUUCUUUCCAUUCAAUAUAAAUAGUCAAAGGAUUGUACUAUCUGCUCAUCAAUCAAAACACAAACUCAAUAAAGAGUCAUAUAUUUGGAAAAAUCUUUCUUCUUCUUUUUGCCUUAUCUCAUAAUGUCUAUUAAACAUGUUUUUUUCUUUAUGGUGUUUGUCUGUGUUGUAGUCUCUGCCAAUGCUCAACUACCCCAGUUUCCAAUCCCAUUUCCUUUUCCACUCCCAUUCCAACCAAGUCCCGGUAUUCCCGGCCUACCUGAUGUAGCAAAAUGUUGGUCUUCAGUGAUGGAUAUUCCAGGAUGCAUUAUAGAGAUUUACACAUCCAUACUCACAGGACAAUUCGGACAUAUAGGUCCUUCCUGUUGCAAAGCAUUUUUGGAAGCCGAAGCCAACUGCUUACCGAAACUUCCAUUCAACCCACUUUUUCCUCUCAAAGAACAAUGUUCAAGAAUUGCUAACGCAGCUCCUCCUACCACAAAAUAGAGUUUUACAUUAGUAGAAGUAAUAGCUAUGUCGUUUUUAUUUUUCAAGGUAUUUUAACAUUUUAGCUAAAUUCUACGAUGUUAUCCUCCAAAAAUACGAUUAUAUAAACAGCAUUUUAGAAAUAAAAAUAUUCCUGCAUUUCCUUUUAUAUUAAACAUUCGGUUCAUGACUGUGAAGAUUCUAAACUAAUCUUACUUAUAAAACAUACUUAAAUUAUACUACAAACUAAACUAUACAAUUUAAUAUUUAGGAAAGUUCAUGGGUUGCAUCUACAAAAUAAAUAUAAAGAAAAAAAUAGGAGAAUGAUCGAUUUAAGAUCCGAGUUUCAUAUUACAAUAAUCUGAAAGAAGUCUAUUCAUAACUUUUAUACAAGCUGUAUAAGUUUCCCAUAUUUUUCUGUUUUUUUUUGUUUCAUAAAAAUAGCAUUUUGGUGUGUUUAAUGUAACUUUACAACUUCUGUAUCUACAUAUAUAAAUUUAUGAAAUUUAUAUUAUAUAUUUCAGGAUUAUUAUUUUUAUUAUUAAAAUGUGUUAAAAUUCAAAACUACCUUCUUCGUGAAACAUAGAGAAACAUAUGCACUAUAAGAAUUCACUUGGGAAUACUCAAGACUUGUCUUGGAACAUGUCCAUCUCUAUAUUGACUUGUGCAUUUACUAUCUAAAUCAGAAGAAGCAUUGUUAAUA